AUGCGCUCCGCCGCGCUGCGCGCGCUGCCCCUGCUGCUGCUGCUGCUCGCUCACGCGCGCCUCGGAGGCUCCGCGGGGCUCGUCCCCGAGCAGGGCCGCAGAAAGUACGCGACGCCGCUGUCCCAGGACACCCUCAGCACCUUCGAAGCACGACUCCUGAGCCUGUUCGGGCUCAAGCAGAGGCCCAGCCCGAGCAGGUCCGCCGUGGUGCCGCGCUACAUGCUGGACCUGUUCGCGGCGUACUCGGCCAACGCGGAGCCCAAGCACGGCGCAGGCAAGCGCUCUCUCGGGAGGGAGUCUGAGAAGUCUGCCAGCCGCGCUAAUACCAUAAGGAGCUUCCACCAUGAUGAAUCUACAGAGGAGCUGUCAAGUCACAGCGCCAAGACGACUCAAAGGUUCUUCUUUAAUCUGAGCUCCAUCCCCAGAGAGGAGUUUGUCACAUCAGCCGAGCUGAGGAUUUACAGGGAGCAGGUCAUGACGCCCGCCAGCAACAGCAGCAACAACAGCAGCUUGGGGUACCACCGCAUUAACAUCCAUGAGAUCAUGAAGCCUGGGCUUCCUUUUAAAGAGCCCAUCACGAGACUCCUAGACACCAGGCUGGUUCAGCACAGCCUGAGCAAGUGGGAGAGCUUUGACGUAAGUCCGGCCCUCUUGCGGUGGACCGCGGAGGGCCACGCCAACCACGGCUUUGUGGUGGAGGUGGUUCACCCAAGCAGUGUGGACGGGGACUACAAGAAACAUGUCCGAGUCAGCAGAUCGCUGCAUAACAGCGAGGACUCGUGGCCGCAGAUGAGGCCGCUGCUGGUGACAUAUAGCCACGACGGCAAAGGACACGUGCUCCACACUCGGCAGAAACGGCAAGCGCGGAUCAGCAAGCCCAAGAAGAAGCACAAAGCGAACUGCAGGAGGCACUCCCUCUACGUGGACUUCAGUGAUGUGGGCUGGAACGACUGGAUAGUGGCCCCUCCAGGUUACCAUGCCUUUUACUGCCAAGGAGAGUGCCCUUUUCCUCUGGCGGACCACCUCAACUCCACCAACCACGCUAUAGUACAGACGCUGGUCAACUCGGUGAACAGCAAUAUUCCCAAGGCCUGCUGCGUGCCCACAGACCUGAGCCCCGUGUCCCUGCUCUACUUGGACGAGUAUGAGCGAGUGAUCCUGAAAAACUAUCAGGACAUGGUGGUGGAAGGCUGUGGGUGCCGCUGAUGGACCUUAGCAUUGACUCUUGCAAAGACACUUUAUGUUCCAGUACUACACUUUUAUUUAUGCUAAAACACAUAUUUUGGAAAAAAAAAGUAUAUAAAGCUAUAUUUAUGUCCACUAAUGGGAAAAUAAAUAUUUUAAUUGGAGUUCAACUAAUGUAUUUUUCUGAUGUACAUUUCAAUUUUCUACAUUUCUAUUCCGCACAUGAAGUAUACUGCUCAGAUUUUGUAUUUAUUUCUAUCAUAACCACUUUUAGUGAAUAGUUUAUCUCUAUUUAUGUGUAAUCAAAGAAAACAAUAUAUAGAUUUGUAAAAACAUCAGAGCGCAUCAUAGAUGGGUUUAUGUGUAUCCUUUAAUUGCUAGAGCAGAAAGUCUCCUAAAGAAGCCCUAAAGUUUAGAUAUUGGAGGUAUGAUGCAAUUUCAGUCCUGUCUGCACCAACUGUCGUGUCAUAUGGAGCACUGAAUGCAUUUAGUACAGCAAUCCAUGUACAUCAUUUGGGCCUUGCUUGCAGUAAGAAGCAGUGGUGAAUGUGAAUGCACUUAUCUAGAAGCAAUGUGACAGGUAGUUGACACUGAAUGCUCAGGAACUUUUGUUGGUGUGCGUGAAAUCCACAGUAUGAGCCUAUAAAAUCUACCUAUAGCCUUACAGACAGUUGCUGUGUUCUCUUCAUCCUGAUGUUUUGGUUUAUACUUCAUUACCCUUUACAGUGAAGUGUGCCUCAUCCAGUCUCUUUACCCAUAUCUGUGUUGUUCACAAGUUGGCGUAAGCGCCAUUGUAAUGCCUUGACACUGUCAAGACACUGUUGAAGAAAUGAGGUUCCUUGUCACUUACUUGUCGAAAAGCGUACAGAAUGCAAUUCCCAUGCUGCUAGACAUAAAUACAAUAGCAUUUAACCGUUUGGAAAAUCUGUUUUGUUUUGUUUUUUCCUCACUUGGAGGUCAAGAAGACCGGGUACACCUCCCAGUGAUCAUUUACUUGAACUCAAAUGUCAAAAGAUGUAAAAGAAAGUAAUAAACAGCUCUUCUCUAGGAGUCUUUAACAAGAUUUAUUGGUGCUCGACAGCAGAAAGGGUUGGCAAAAAAUAUGUACUGGAAUGUUUUUAUUUCUGCAGAUAGUACACUAAAGAUAGAUGGGUUUAGUUAUGCUAUUUACUCCACUGACUCCAGUUUUCCUCAUGGUUAACCAGGCACCGUAAAUGGCCGAGCCGGUGUAUGGAAAAACUCUUCCCUUUGACACUAAAAUAAUAAUGUGAAAGGUAACAGAACAAAACCUUUAUAAGG